GGCGAAUUAAUGUUCUUCUUCCUUUUUCCCACCUCGGAAGCGAGCUCGAAUCCGCGACUUCGCCUCGAGGGUUGCUCCUUGGUUGCGCCGCUCGGGCCGUCUCUCCCUUCGCCUGCUACGCGGUUGUCGGACCCCUCACGGGCCCGCUGGCGAAGCAGUCGUCGCCCUCGCUCGCGGAAGGCAGUGGACUUGGUCUAACUUUGCGACUUGAAGUUUUCGUCUUCUCUUCUUCUUGAAAGAUUUCGACGAGCACUUUGGUAGGUUUUGUUGUUGGAUUGGUGAAGAUCGAUGAGGGUCCAGGGGAAGAUCUGGCUUCUAUGACGACGCCCUAUCGGCGCCGGCGGCGCGGUGGAGUGACCCCCAGAUGGAAUGGCAGGUCUCGUUGGCUUCGGAGACGUUGAGAAGAUAUGCAAGGAUAGAUUUGAGACAGAGGUGUGGAUUGCAGGCCUCAAGGCACUGGUUUAUUCUGGUCAAGGUGUCCGAUCAAAAACUGAUGUAUGGAGCAAUAGUGGACCGUAUUUUGAUGUAAUUGAUACACCUUAACCACUACAGCUAAUUACUAUUUAAAGUUGCUCUUUCCAAAUGAAGUUUCUCGACUAACUUCAGCCUUCAAGGAUGCAGGAUUUCAAGGAUUUGAUAUCUAAUAGUCCAAGUGAUAGCUCAAUUGGUUCCAUUCUGGAUAAUAGUUCUCCUGACAUCAAUUUUAGCAUUACAACUUCACCCAAGGUCACUUCUGAAAAUUUUGUACAUUUGGAAAGAUCAGAUGUAGCAAAUAUGCUAGUCAAAGGUGCCUCUUCAGAUAUUAUCAGAGUAAGUGUCUCUAGCGCGCCUAGCACAUCAAGUCAUGGUUCUGCACAAGAUGACUGUGAUGCAUUAGGUGAUGUUUAUGUCUGGGGUGAGGUCAUUUGUGAAUUUUCUUCACGAACUGGCACUGAGAGGGGUACCGAUUUCUCCAGUGGAAGAGCUGAUGUAAUCUUGCCCAAGCCCUUAGAAUCCAAUUUAGUUUUGGAUGUUCGCCAUGUGGCUUGCGGAGUCAGGCAUGCUGCUCUUGUUACCAAACAUGGAGAAGUUUUUACAUGGGGUGAAGAAUCUGGAGGACGCCUGGGCCAUGCAGUUGGAGCUGAUGUUGUUCACCCUCGACUUCUUGAAUCUUUAGCUAACACAGAUUUGGUUGCUUGUGGGCAGUUUCAUACUUGUGCUGUAACUUUAGCUGGCGAACUUUAUACUUGGGGUGAUGGCACUCAUAAUGUGGGCCUUCUUGGACACGGUAGUGAUGUCAGCCACUGGGUACCAAAAAGAGUUUCGGGACCACUGGAAGGUCUUCAAGUUGCAUAUGUUACUUGUGGCACCUGGCAUACUGCCUUGAUAACUUCGACUGGGAAAUUGUUUACAUUUGGUGAUGGUACGUUUGGUGUUUUAGGUCAUGGAAACAAAGAAAGUGUUGCAUAUCCAAGGGAGGUUGAAUCACUGAUGGGUUUGAAAACCAUUGCGGUUGCAUGUGGAGUAUGGCACACUGCUGCAGUUGUGGAGGUUAUAGUAGCUCAGUCAAAUGCCAGUGUAUCAUCUGGAAAGUUGUUCACUUGGGGUGAUGGGGACAAGUACCGACUUGGUCAUGGUGACAAGGAGCCGCGUCUCAAGCCUACUUGUGUUGCUUCAUUGAUCGACCACGAUUUUCACAAGCUAGCUUGUGGCCAUAGUCUCACUGUUGGCCUGACAACUUCUGGACAAGUUUUUACUAUGGGAAGUACUGUUUAUGGUCAGCUUGGUAAUCCACAGUCUGAUGGGAAACUUCCAUGCUUAGUUGAAGACAGGCUUAUUGGUGAAUCUGUUGGCGAAGUUGCUUGUGGUUCAUACCAUGUGGCAGUUUUAACAACAAGGGGUGAGGUUUUUACCUGGGGAAAAGGUGCUAAUGGAAGAUUGGGUCAUGGAGACAUUGAAGAUAGGAAAACACCAAACCUUGUUGAAGCUCUGAAGGACAGAGCUGUUAAAUAUAUUGCCUGCGGUGCAACCUUCACAGCUGCCAUAUGCCAGCAUAAAUGGGUGUCAGGUGCAGAGCAAUCACAAUGCUUGGCAUGCAGACAAGCAUUUGGGUUCACCCGCAAACGGCAUAAUUGCUACCAUUGCGGACUCGUCCAUUGCCAUUCAUGCAGUUCCAGGAAGGCCUUGAGAGCAGCCUUGUCUCCGAAUCCUGCAAAACCAUAUCGAGUUUGUGACUCCUGUUAUGUUAAACUGAACAAUGUCUUGGAAUUUGGAGUUAACAACAAGAGAAAUGGUUUACCUCGCUUGUCAGGCGAAAGCAAGGACAGGUUUGAAAAAGCAGAGACAAAAUCAACAAAGUCUGUGAUACCUAGCAACUUUGAUCUCAUAAAAGAUCUGGACACUAAGGCAGCCAGGCAUGGAAAGAGAACUGAUUCCUUGACAUUUAUUCGAGCCUCUCAAGUCAGCUCACUCAUACAGUUGAAAGAUCUUGCUUUGGUUGGCGGGAUUGAUCUGCAGCAAGCAGGUCCUAGAGCACUCCACACAUCCCUGGUACGAUCCGUAAACCCUUCUAGAGCUGUUUCACCAUUUUCUAGAAAAUCUAGUCCUCCACGUUCUGCAUCACCAGUUCCUACAUCUUCUGGAGUUUAUUUCUCCAAAAGUGCUACUGACAGUCUGAAGAAAACAAAUGAGCUCUUGACUCAAGAAGUUCAGAAGUUACGUGCACAGGUUGAAAAUCUGAGACAGCACUGUGAGCUUCAAGAAAUUGAGUUGCAAAAAUUAGGAAAAAAAGCUCAAGAAGCCAUGGCAUUGGCUGCUGAGGAAUCUGCAAAAUCAAAAGCUGCAAAAGAAGUUAUUAAAUCCCUUACAGCACAGCUUAAAGAUAUGGUUGAGGUAUUACAUCAAGGGGUGUACAAAAAUGAUGCGGUAAGACCAGUAGACUCACCAAAUGGGGUGGGCUCACAUUCUGGUCCAUACUCCAUUCUAGAAGUGGAUCAUCAGUCAAGAUUUAAUGUAAACAGUGCUCUGACUAUGCUGUCUUUUUCGACUUCGGAGCCUAUUCUUGUUGAUGGAAAUACAAGUCAGAAUCAUACAUUAAUGAAUGCCCGUGAAUCUAAUAAGCUGAACUUAAGUUUACAAGACUCUCAUGUGAAUUCCAAUGGAAUGGAAGAAGACUUCACUGCAAGACAACGUGACAGUAAUGCAGAGAAGUCAUCAUCCGGCAGUAAAACUGACAUUGAUAACAAGGAAAUCGAAAAUCCUCCAGAUGGGGAGAUGGUCUAUAAGUCUCCAAGCCCUAUUUCAUCAAAUAUUCAAGUUGAGGCUGAAUGGAUUGAACAGUAUGAACCUGGUGUCUAUAUAACACUUGUAGCUCUUCGUGAUGGAACUCGAGAUUUGAAAAGAGUACGAUUCAGUCGAAGAAAAUUUGGAGAGAAUCAGGCAGAAACCUGGUGGUCAGAUAAUCGUGAAAAGGUCUAUGAGAGAUAUAAUGUUCGUGGGUCAGACAGGUUCUCAUCAGCAGUAUCAAGUCAAUCUGCACUCAAGCCAGAGGAGGAUUGCAUGCAUUCUUCCAGAGUUUGAUCACGAGAAAGGGAGUAGCAGGAAACUUGGAUGACAUGUUGAUAUUAUGAGAUCAUGAUCAUAAUGUGACACAGGAACUUCUGCUGACCUGUGCUUUGCCCCUUUCAAGAUGUGCAGUAUAUAUAUAUUCAAUAUAUAUUUUUCUACUCACCAAUGCCAUUUCUUCUUUAAAUUUCACCUUCAAAUCUGUUAUCGUUUGUUGUAUUGUAGUGUAUAUAAAUAAUCAAAUAUGAGAAUAGUUGGGGGCAGAGCCUUUUUUGCCUA